AUGUCUUCAUCUCACGGCACGCGAAAGCGCAAGAGACACAUGACCACUUUCUCUCUAUCCAGAGGAUCGCAAAUCCAACCGGUGACGUCUGGCACAAUCAACAUUACCCAGGAUGUAUUGAUCGCGGCACCCCAGGAGCACCAGGUUGCGGCACGUAUAUCACGGUCUGUCCAAAGAUCCGCUAAUGGGAGACUCAUGGCAUCUACGACUACGACUUACGGUGAACGAGCUCUUCCCAACAAGGAAGUAAGUUUGGCUAGUAGGCCAGAUACGCAGAUGAACUUAAGCGCUGGCGCUGAAUCAGCAAGCGCUAAUGCGGAAGCUGACGUGGGCAUCAACCUCCACCACCCCAACAGCAACUCCCACCACACCAACGAUGGCUCCCACCGCGCCGACGAUAAUGACCUCGAUACACAGAUCAAUACUGUCGACGAAGAGCUUCCCGCGCUCCAUCGACAGCAAUCAUGGGCAGCACAACAGCGCCAAACGUAUCUUGAAGAGUUUUACCGACUCGAGGGGCGAGGCUCUGCAAAUGGGGACAGCAACCUGAGCCAUGUCUGCCACAAUGAUGAGAACGAAGGGAAAUACCGUUGUAUCGACUGCCUUGACACGAAUCUAUACUGCCUGACAUGUAUCUUACACCAACAUUGCCGCUCUCCUCUCCAUCGCAUUGAGGUGUGGGAGAACAAACAUUUUGUCCGGACAUCGCUACGUGCUCUCGGCCUUGUAAUUCAGCUCGGACAUAGCCAUGAAGAAACGUGCGCUCUUCCUGGUAUCCUACGCAAGAGUCUAUAUAUCAUCGACACCUCGGGCAUUCACAUUGUGUCCGUUCGAUUCUGCCGCUGUCGUUUUCUUGGCGAGGAUAUUCAACUGCUACGGUACCGGUGGUACCCUGCCUCACCUACCGCACCACGCACAGCAUUCACCCUCAAUCUCCUCAAUACCUUCCAGCUGCUAACACUGCAAGGAAAGGUUUCGGCGUACGAUUUUUACCUAUCGAUUGAACGAAAGACAGAUAAUGCCGGUAUCAAGGGCCUACAGCUACGCUAUGACCAAUUCCUUAUCUGCGUGCGCCAAUUCCGUCACCUCCGAAUGUUAAAACGAGCCGGCCUUGGAAUGGACCCAGAGCCUGUGUCAUCUACAAAGGAUGGUGGAUACGCCGUCGAUUGCCCAGCAUGCCCACAUCCCGGGAUAAAUAUCCCUGCUAACUGGGAAACUGAGCCAGAAUCAACAAGAUGGCGCUAUGGCCUAAUCCUCACUAUCGACGCGAAUUUCCGCCUGAAAAAUAAGGAUAGGCACCUUGAGAACGAUAAGGCACUUGGCGAUGGGUGGGGUCACUGGGUACCCGAAGGUCCAUACAAGUCGCAUCUUAACAUGAACACAAAUGACCCUGAGCCAAACCUUUGUGAUUCAGAACUUCGCGCAGUGGACCAUGCGAACAAGCGACGCUCGAACGGCUACAUAUCAACGGGAGUUGCAGGCGUCGUAUGUGCAAGGCAUGGCCUUGUUCGCCGCAAUGGACUAGGCAAUUUGCAGAAGGGCAAGAGAUAUGCAAAUACCGACUUUAUCGUUCUAUCGACCCUCAAGAAUAACCCAUUCGUCAGACUAGUACUAUCCUACGAUAUUUGCUGCCAAUGGUCCAGAAACUUUCGUGAUCGCAUGGCGAAUAUCCCCGAAAGCAUGUGUCUCUCCGAUGAAGCCCUCGAUCGUGUCAGCUAUGUUAUCCCCAAGUUCCACCUUUAUGGCCAUGGGAGCAAAUGCCAGACAACCUACUCACUCAGCUACAUUCCGUGGUCCGCUGAAACAGACGGCGAAGAUCCUGAACGUUGGUGGGCACAUAUAAACCCCGUCAGUAUGAGUACCAAAAUCAUGGGCCCGGGUUCAAGGAUGGAUACCAUCGAUGAUCAUGCGGCUGCUUGGAACUGGCGGAAGAUUGUCGACCUUGGGAAUAGCUUACACGGUCGCUUUCAAAAGGCGAUUUCAAUGAGUGCUCGACACACCGCUCUGCAUGACGAGUACACCGCUGAGUUUAAUGAAGAGGAUAUCACCGCCUGGAAGCAGAUGAUCAUUGAUUGGGAGAGUGAUCGCACGAAGCCCAAUCCAUUUGAGGAGAUCGAUACCUACUCAUCAAUGGCGGCAGUCCGCCUUGAAUUAGCAAGGGAAGAAGUUACUGAGCUCACCCGUACUCAGUCUAAUAGCCCGAACGAGUUCCUUUAUAAGGGGUUGGAGAUUGAAGAACUCCAACGAGUUGUAUCUAUGUCCCAGAAGGAGAAGACAACCUUACAAGCUGCCGAACUCCAGGAGAGACGCAAUAACCUUGGUCGUCGCAUCGAACUCUGGCGGGUAGAGCAGGCACAACAUAUGCCUUCGAUUGCCUCGGACCUUGAGCCUCGAGCUGGCCUAACUCCUGAGACAGCCAAUCUGUUCCUUCCAUCUCAAUUGCCGCUAUCAGCGGUGCUCGCGCCUAUGCAAACCAGGGAAGCACACAUCCGUGUUGCGCAGGCCGACGAUAGCCUGCUUGAGCUUCGUCGCUUGUUGCGAAUCACGGCAGGCCUUGUCGACUACAAGUACACGCAAGUUGGAUUUGGUCAGGGUCCAAACACCCGCGCACGCUCACAGAUCACUCGCUUCAAGUCCAAGAUUACUCUCACUGCCGAGCGCUACCGUGCUGCGUAUCAGGCACUACUCUGCCUAGACCCACAGGGUAGUUGGAUCACCCGUCUUCGCAAACUGGAAGAUAACGAUAUUCGAUGGCCAACACACAAUCCGGAUGAAGCGGAAGGUACCCGUGAGAUCUCAUGGAUAUGGCGGGCGCGUACUGUACGCCCAAUGCCGCAACAUGACCCGCAUGCACCACCAAGCUCGUCGUCACCCUCGCAGACACCGCUGUCAACGCCUGAAGCCGUAGUCCCUAACUCUGCAUCCGACUCAGAGAUCGGCGAAGCUCUCCGGGUUGAAUGGGCAAAAUCCCAUGCACGCACCGCUCGUUGGGGCGAGGAGGUAUUACUCGUGAUUGAGGAGAUGAGAAGAGUGGCCGCAUACUUAUCAUGGAAAGCGGAAUGGUGGAAGACUCGCUGUGGACAGCGACCAGAUGCCAACGCCGAACUUCAAGAAGGGAUCGAAGCAUACGCCACUCGUCAAAAUGCUACUUUGUCCGUUAUGAGAAGUCAAUUUGCUGCGUUGUGGUUGCCAGAUUUACACGGGCAUAAUAUGGUACUACGAGAUACUUAG